CUGUGGGAGACUAGAGAGGUCGGUUGGGUUGGGCCGGCACGGCGGGAACGGGAGAAAGGUGGGUCCCCUAACUUUCCCUCCCGACUUUGGGAAACGGCGCGGGCUCUCCGAUAACGACGGGGGAGCAGUCCUCUCCGGAGACGGGUCCUACCCUCUCCCUCCAGAUCGCCUUGCCCCUCCCCUCGAACGGAGCCACGCGAGUGCGUCCGGCGUCCCGCCUUUCCGCCUGCCGGAGUCGGAGACCUUGAACGCCGUUUUAUCGAAGUUUCUCGGCUUCCCGUCUUCCUCACCUAACCUUCUCCUCCUUCCUCGGCCAUCCUCUUCGGCUCGUCUUCUUCCUCUUGAUUGAUGGGAAUCGCAUGAUCCGUUCCAGAUACGGGAGGGGAUGACGGCGUCGAUCCGGGCGGUCCGCCACCUCGGGGGCGCCCUGCGGACCACCCGGAAGUCUAGCUUCUUCCAUCGACUCCAAUCCUUCUCCGGGUCUCCUCCUCCUCGCUGCGGUCACGGUGCCGGAUUCGGGAAUCGCGUUUCGCCCACGCACUGUUGGCGGCGGGCGUUUCUGUCCCCUGCCGCGACGUUAUCCAGCCAAGGGGCGGAUUCGGUCUCCGGUUCAGAAGGUGCUGGACCGUACGUGGAAUACAAGCGUAGAAUUGCUUCCGGAGAACUACUCGAUGGCGACGAGUUUCAGGCGGAAAUCCUUAGGGUGCUUCAGAGGCUGUAUGAUGAGCUUGUUGAAUCGGCAGAUGAAUGCGGACUAGUGAGAUCGGAGAACUCUGAAAGAACUGGGCGAAACCGGAGGAGUUGGUUAUGGUCUCGUCUCUUAUCACAGUCGUCCGAGUCCCCUGUGAAAGGUCUUUAUCUGUUUGGAGGAGUGGGAACCGGGAAGACAAUGCUUAUGGACUUGUUCUUUGAGCAGCUGCCUUCAGAUUGGAGGAAAAAGCGAAUCCAUUUUCAUGACUUCAUGUUGAAUGUACAUAGUCGCUUGCAAAGACACAAAGGUCUUGCAGAUCCUCUUGAUGUUGUUGCAGAAGAGAUAUCUGAUGAAUCAAUAUUAAUAUGCCUUGAUGAAUUCAUGGUCACUGAUGUGGCUGAUGCGCUAAUUUUGAAUCGCCUUUUCAGACAUCUCUUUCACAAAGGCAUUAUUCUUGUAGCAACAUCAAAUCGGGCUCCGGACAAGCUUUAUGAAGGUGGGUUGCAGAGGGAUCUUUUCCUGCCCUUCAUUUCCACUUUGAAGGCAAAAUGUGUAGUUCAUGAAAUUGGUUCAUUGGUGGAUUAUCGGAAGAUGACUUCAGCAGAGCAUGGUUUCUACUACAGUGGAUUUCGAUAUUCUGUGUUGUUGAAGGAAAAAUUUCAACAAUUGGUUGGUCCCUAUACACCUAGACCAAAAGAAAUUGAAAUCCUGAUGGGGAGGAAAUUGCUGGUUCCUCAAGGAGCAAAUGGAUGUGCAUACUUCCGUUUUGAGGAUCUUUGUGAGAAGCCUUUAGGGGCUGCAGAUUAUUUUGGAUUAUGUAAGCAUUUCCACACACUUGCAUUAGAAGGUGUACCAAAAUUUGCACUUCAUAAUAGGACAGCAGCUUACCGUUUUGUCACACUCAUUGAUGUUAUGUAUGAAAACAAGGCAAGGUUACUUUGCACAGCUGAGACAUCACCAGUUGGUCUGUUUGAGUAUAUUGUCACAAUAUCUGAUGCCCAGAAGAUGGCCCCUAGAUCCUCAUCAAGAUCAAGGAGAGCUGAUGUUUUUGAUCUUUGUGUUGACAAUGAACUGGGAUUUGCUAAGGACCGCACAAUCAGCAGACUAACAGAGAUGAAUAGCAAAGAAUAUCUGGAUCAGCAUGCUGCCGCACUGUCAGAGAAGUCUGAUGAGGACGAAACUCCGAGGCAGUUUGAAACAACAACUUCAAGCUCGUGACAUGUGUAUUAUCUUCAAUUUGGUAUGGAAAUAAUUACUUUCCGUCAUCUCAGCUUGUAGCUCGGUUAUAUAGAUCUAUGCUCCCUAUAAGCAUGGCGGGAUCAGUGCUCUGCGCAUUGUCGAGCAUACAUAAUUAUUUUGCCCUCUUUCCUGAUUAUAAAAGAAUGUAUGAACUUCUCAAUCUAGAGGCGCCUCUAGAUGAGGAAAGGAGCGUGUAGUUCUCUAGUGUAUCAUUUUGAUUUGUUCAAUAAAAUGAAAGAUUUUCAGGACCGUAGUACUACAA